GAAAAAAGGAAACGCCUGCGCAAGAAUACAAUUAAGUUUCGCAUCAUUGUCAAGGCUUCAAAUACAGGCACCUUUAGCUUGCACAUAUAUGUACAUAAACUGGUUGGCGUGUAUCGUUCGGCGAAGAGCGACUGCGCGAAUAGGUAAUGCGUGUAGUGGUCUCUGUGCAGAAACACAUUACGUUAUUUUGAACAAGGUUCACGUCUAAUAGUUUUUCCAUUUUGUGCCUUUAAAUUUAUUGUCAAGUUGAAUUUUUACGAUUUUCUGUUAAACCAGUGGUCUUAACGUAAAAUUUGAGUACACAAAAUAAAAGUUGUCGAAGCUAUGCGGAUAAUUUAACCGAGAACGUAUAUUUCGCGCAUGUAUAACCUAGAACAACUUGAAGCUAUUUGCCGCAAUAUUCCUUUAUAACUGACUAAGAGGUCAUAUUUUUGUGAUGCAAAACGAUAAUGCUCAGAAAGUUAAAAUAUGGGAUCCACUGAACGUUUUCCGAUGUCCAGCGGAUUACAACCACGCAGUCGUUGUUUUAAACAGGCCUAUUCGAUUAGGUUACGAUAUGGUUUUUCGUCUUUGGAAUAAAGCGAAAGUGACAGUAACGGUGGAUGGCGGUACAAAUCGAUGGAUGAACUACCUUGGCGAAGAACAGACCGAAAAUCUCUUGCAAGGAAAAUGCAAAGACUAUCUGCCAACACUUGUAACAGGGGACAUGGACAGCAUCGAGCCGGAGCUUUUGCAGAAAAUGGAGAAAAUCGAAGGCACCAAGGUGAUACGUACGCCCGAUCAAAACCAAACGGACUACACGAAAGCGCUGACGCAAUUGCAGCUUUACGCGUCGGCAAAUGAUAUACACUUGGACGGAAUCAUCGUUCUCGCCGAAACGUCCGGCAGGUUUGAUCACAUAGUCGCCAAUAUCAACACCCUCUACAAAACUAAAAAUAUCGUCGAUCCUCAAACGGAGAUAAUACAGCUUGCAUCAAACUCGCUGACAUGGUUGCUGAAAGCAGGCAGACACAAAAUACUUAUACCUGAUAAACUGGUAGUGCAAAAAUGCUGGUGUGCUCUUGUGCCAUUCGGCAAUUCCAGCAGUCGAGUAUCGACCACAGGACUACGAUGGAAUUUGAGUAAGAAAAAGUUUAUUCUUCCUUUUCUAUACGUGAUACCAGCGAGUCACACUAUUUACGAAAACAAUAGCAUUUCUAUAAAAAAAAAGCUUGAUGUGUACUAUGGUGAUGGAAAUAUACGACACUCGCAUGGAAUUCGGUGGCAUGGUGAGCACCUCCAACACGUACAGCGACAAUUCAGAAGUGACAGUCACGACUAACGAAGAUAUCAUUUGGUCUAUGGGUAUUGAGCCGUUUACUACUAAAUCUCGUGAAAAUUCCAAUGGUUCAUAAUUUUUUCGUGCACGCAUUUCGUACGCUGUGCGUCAUAAUCCCAAGCUCUGCUUCGAACACGUAUUGGUUUCAUAUAUCAUCAUAAGAACUGCUCGUGAACCCGCGAAGCUGAUAAAAUGUAAAUACUGUAUGGAGUGGUGCAGAAUUGUAAAUAGCGCUUUUUAAGAAUUAAUCGAAGCUUAAAUCAAAACAUGAAAGUUUAAAACCCGUUAUAUUUAUUUGUACAGAGUAUAAUUAUAUAUUUCAUAGUUUACAUAAUUCUAUAAUAGCUAUAUUAUCGCAAUACUACUACUGUUAUAGGAAUUUUAUCUUAUAAGCGAAAAUUAUACAGAGUUGUGUUGCUGUUCUUCAUUCUAAUCUCACGAUUUUUUCAAGCUUUCAUAUCUUUUCUAUUCUAUACAAUAAACUUUGAAAACAAAAUGUUCAAUAAACUAGGUACAUUUUUUAAAUAUCCUUUUUUUAUUGCCAUGUACAGAUAUAAUAAUUGUUUAAAGAGUCUGAAUAAUUGUAAAAAGAAAAAGACAAGACGCCGUUCGUUAAGCCAAUUUUGAUAGAAACAAAUGCGCUUAUUAGUAUUCGUGGAAAAAUAUUUUCCGAGUGGCAAGCACAAUUGGGAUUUCUAAUUUCCCGGGGAAGAUGCGCGCGACUAGUGUUGGAAACGUGACAGUGACCCGUCAAAAAGUUAACAUCAUGACGGUCGUAAAAUUAUGACAGGACGUCAUAAAAUUGUGACGUGACGUCUCGCAAUUGGCACGCGGUUUGAAAAUGAUCCAUAUCCAUCGAAGGUCUGGGGUUCGUGCCCACCUCCCAUGAAAAAGACGGCACUACUGAAAAUUAAAUGAUUUUAUACCAAUCUAACCACAAAAUCAUAACUUUAAUAUGAUUUUUCGGCUUUCGUAGUAUAAAAUUCAGUUCGAUACUGGUGUGUAAGGUGAUUUUUACCACCUGUGACUUUUCUCACUCGCUUUGCUCGUGCGAAAAACGUCACAUGAGAUAAGUAACCACCUUCUGCACCCUAUAGCAAUUCGCGGAUUCCUCUUAAAGCUGUAGGUCAAUUUAGUUAGGGUAAUGGCGUCCUCCGAAUAUCUGUAUAGGUUUCCACCAAUAAUAAACUACAAAAACAAAAAAAAAA